UAUGUUAUAUUACAAUGCACUUGUGUCUUUGGCAGCUUGCGAAGUUCUUCUUCGGGGUUAGGUAUUAUAUCGUGUCUAGCUUUUCUCAAGUAUUAUAAGAAAAGCAAGACGGUGAUUGGCCACCGCGUUGCCGCGUAUCGCAUUGCCGCGUUACCGCGUCCCGUGUGCACAAGCCCUUACUACAAACAUUGAUCAGCUGAGACGCAGUUUGCCUCAGCUCCUAAAAACUUGGUUACUUCCUCUCAGUUAUUUUUAUUUUCAGAGAACAGGAAUUUCGGAACACAUUAACCUAACGUAGUUAUUAGUCUUGUAUUUGGAAUGUCAUCAUCGAAUGAAGACAAUGGCAACAAAUGUGGAAUUGCGUACUGAAUGUAUUAACAAAAAUACGUGCAAUCAAAAGUCCAAACAUGUCAAAAGUCCAAAGCGGCCAGCAGCAAAGAACAAACGGAAAUCGGAGAAGCUCUAUGAGAAUUAUGAAGCACAAACAUCUGUUUGCGUCGCUCCUUUACCAAACACAAUGACAAGAGGGGACCUAGUAUUGUUUAUGGGUAGAUUUGGAAAGAUUCUGAAAUCACACAUGGGUAAAAAUUUCUUUCUGGUUGAAUAUGACACAAAAGAAGCCGUUAAUGUCUUAUUAACCAAAACAAAUUGGUUAGAAAAUGAAACAUUAUAUUUAAAAAGAGUUAAACAGAAGAACCUAAGUUACUUCGAAGAUAAAUAUGACAAUCUCAACGAAGAUAAAGCAUCACAACCAGCGAAAAGGACAAAAGAGAAUAAGCGUGUACCAAUUGUGAUAAUGGCGGAAGAUCUAUUAAGUUACAACACUAACAUAAGGUAUCUCAUUAAAGAGAUAACGGAGUUUGACGAUGAAAUGGCGACGCUUUUUGAGGCGAUAGAACUUACCGAAUCUGAAAUAAAAGCGAAGUAUGAUGGUAUAUGCGGCCACUUGGAAGAAAUAUUUAAGUCAGUCUUCCCGCAGUGUCAACUAUACAGAUUCGGCUCGACGAUGGCGGGAUUGGGCUUUAAGAACAGUGAUUUAGACAUGUAUUUGCAUAUUGGUGACAUCGGCCCGCGGUCGACGCAUUACAAACCGGACAUUUCAUUUCAAGAGUACGCGCAAGCGGUUUUGAAAAAGCUGAAGAGGAUAAUGUACAGCAAGACCACCGUUUUCUCCAACAUAAUAGCGAUCCCGAAGGCGAGAACGCCCGUCAUAAAAUUUUCUUAUAUACCGACUAAUGUCUCGUGCGACAUUACCUUCAAGAAUUGCUUUGGUAUUUACAAGACUAACUUUUUAAAAUUCUGUGCGUCACAUGACGUCCGAGUAAAGCAGUUGAUGCUGCUGAUCAAGUAUUGGGCCAAGGAGUACAAGCUCACCGGUGUCGGAAGAAUGCCCAACUACGGACUGAUGUGCCUCAUCAUCUUCUAUUUGCAAACGGUUGAUGUUCUGCCGACCUUGAUGGAGCUGCGGAAGAACUGUACACCGCUGUUCGUAGGUGACUGGCAAAUAAAUUUUAACGAAAAUUACAGACGCACCGCGUCGUCAUCUACCAGCAGUCAGAAUGUCGUGGACCUUCUCCGCGGCUUCUUCCAGUUUGUCAAGGAGAAUCUCGUUUUAACACCGACCAAGAAGCACUGCGGAGUGUUAUCUUUACUGGACGGGAAUACGUACGAUAAGGAUGAAUUUGACGAAGUGAAUGGCCUACCCGAUUACAUGAACAGCUACAAGAACCACAUUCUACAUGAUAACGGUCGUAAACUGGAGAUACGCAAUCUAAUAGCCAUUCAGGACCCGAUUGAACUCAACCAGAAUGCGGUACUAAGCGCGAACGAGUCGACGUUACGAGAAUUUCAUCAGCAUUGUCACUCUGCCGUUAAUUGCAUCGAGAGUGCCAAAAAGAAGAAUUACCAGAAUUUGUUGAAAGAUUUAAUGGAGAGGUCUCUCCCGCCGCCGCCGCCGUUAAAAGCGAAGCACAGGAUACAUAUCGGCCGUUUUCUGAAUAUCGGAUUGUCGGCAGAUUUCGACAGCCGCACGGAUAUUUCCAACAAGUGGGAAUACAAGAAGAACAAUUGGUGCUUCAUAAUGUUCAAUCUGAUAAAGGAUAUUUUAGAGAUGGUCUUCAAAUUCACGGUCAACGUUUACCUCGAUGACGAAGCUUGUAACGGUGAACUCGACGUACUACCCGAGGAACUGGUCAAAACCCACGAAGAGGUCCACUUUCAUUGCGUGGGUAAUAAGUGCGUGUUGCACAACAGGGCAAAGCACAACAGGAUUUUCUUGGAUGUUCAGUUGAGUUAUUUAGAAAAAGAAGCCAUAAUAUCGGAUGAAGUGUUGAAGGAAGUGAAUCAACAGGGUGAACAGAACGACACGAGCUUCAAGUGCAAAUACACAGUGAGUAAGACACUGAAGUCAGAAGCAGUGGAUAUAAAACUGUACCAAGAGAAAGGUCAGAAGAAUGCGUACGAUCUUAGCCCAUACCUCUAUAAGUGGAUACCACAAAUACUAGACAAAACAAUGACACACAUGCUACAGUACAAUAAGUCGUACAGUCAGUUGUAUCACUGUAAAAAACAAAAGAGUGGACAAACAGUGAAGGAACAGCAUUGUUCUUAUGAGUUCAAGGGUGACGUGGACAGUGUGGCUAACAAUAUAAAGGGUUGUACGCCAACAACGAACAUGAAGCAAGAGAAGCCAGAAGGCCAAGAUAAGAUUUGCAGGACGCAGCCUCAAGAGAAGGAUGCCGCGUCGAAGAGCACCAACGACGACGUGCAACGUGCGAUCGAGGGUCUCAAAGAAAUACCGGAUGAAGAGCUGCAGGAGUUCCUUGACGAUGAAGACUUCAUGGAGGGAUUAGACGUGGUGGACGCGUGGGAAGGUGAUGAAGAGAAGAACAAGGUCAAGGUCGAGCAAGACACGGCGGUGGAUCCUGUGAGGCAGGAAGAGAAACCUCCUAGGGAACGUGAUCGUGCCAAGACGACGAAAGGCCUGUCCGACAGCCGCGAAAAGCCUAGAAGAGAAGAGAGGAAACGCGAUGAGCUCCGCCGGGAUCCCACCAAGAGCACCAAGGACAUCGAGCGGGACAAGAUGCGGACCAAGAGGGAUACGGAGAGCAAGCUCCUCGCCGAGAAGGAGAAGGCCAUCAAACAUCUGCUGGACUCGGACAACGUGGUGCCGCCCGGCACAGAGUCCGAGGCCAUUCAGAACAUCAAGGAAGAGCAAAAUCGAGAACGAGCGCAACGCGAAGGACAAGGCCGUGGCAGGGAGCAUCAUCGUCGCAGAAGCGCGGAUCGUUACGGUGGCAGGCAGAGCCCGCCGCGACGUAGAAGUCCUGAUCGGCUUCGACCUAGUCCCCCCGUCCAUCGGCGACGCAGUCCGUUUCCGUUGAGUCCAGAACGUCGCCGGAGUCCACUCGUCCACAGAAACAGCUCGGACAGGCACAAGAGCCCGUUCCGAUACAGCCCGACCAGGCGGAAGAAUUCACCGCGAUAUUUCGAUCGCAGAAGUCCCGUCGUGUCCAGUCCAGAGCGACGCCGAAGCCCCAGACUGCCAAGCUGGGAGCGACGCUCUAGCGUGGACAGAAGGUGGAGUCCGGAGCGACAUAGGAGACGCGAUACGCACGAACGCCGGAGAAGUCGGUCUCGCGACCGGAGGAGUCGCAGCACGGAACGACUGAGAAGACGGUCAAGCCGCUCGCCGGUAGGCAGACGGUACAGCCCGCGUCGCAGAAGUCGCACGCGCAGCAGAUCGCCAGAGAAGCGCGCCCGUAAGCGUUCGCCCUUCAUCCAUGAACUGGCCAGGCAGCUCAGGAACGAAGCGAUGAUGCCGAGCGGCGUGGUGAACACCGGUGGAUACGCGCCGCCACCCGCGACCGUCGAGGGAAUCGCACCGUUGCUCAACGCGCCCAUGUACCAACAAGAAGGAGAGCCCAGGCCGCCGCCGCCGCAACCACAACCAGCACCACCACCACCACCACCACCACCCGUAGCGUCUUUUCAUCCGCAUCAAUCCGGUCCUUUACCGCCGCCGCCGCCACUUCCGGGUGGACCGCCGUUCAUGGGUUUCGAAUCCAUGUCGGCCAUGCCACCCAUGACCUUCCACGAACCCAUGGCCCCGCAUUCCAUACCUCCGGUCGAAUACUCGUCCGGCCCGGUUAUGUACAAUCAGUCCAACAACACUGCCCCCGUCCAACAAGCUCCGCCACAACCGGUGAUCCAUCCUCCGUUGCUGCCUGCGUCGUUACCCGUACCGUCACCGCAACCUGUGCCCGCACCAGUGAUGGAUCACGUGCAGAUGCCGUACAAAGCGUUGAACGUACCACCUAUCCAAGCACCGUUGAUGCACCAGUUCGAGGCUACGGCAAACAGCAAACCUAGUCACGCGGCUAUGCCCGCGACGUCGUCGCAGAUCUACAAGGAACGCGGAUCGACAUCGUACAGUGCCGAGUUUCACGCGCUACGCGAGGAACGGCUGAAGACGCCCGAGCCGCCGGUCAUCUCCAAGCCAAAACAAUUCGAAAAGACCAGCUUGUCCAGUCUGUUGGAAGCGUCUGUUUCUGCCAAAGAUCCAUCUAAUAUACCGAUGCUGUACCCAGGAUUCAAGCCCGAAAUAAUACGAUACUGCGAGCAAGCGCUGUGCCAGCUGCCGCUCGAGGAUCCACGUUUAAAGAUGAAGGGCAGAUUCUUCUAUGAUCGCAACGAGGAGAACAGUGAGAGAACCGAACCCGUGGACCACAUGUCGAAUUCGAUACUACUGCAGAAGAGCAAGACGAGGAUUUACUGGGAGGAGUGCAGCACGGAGCAGCAGGUGCCGCUCUCGAAGGCACCUACGGCGCAAAUGCACCAGAAGAUCUGCCAGACAGACGAGGUGGAGACAGAGACGAAGGGCGUGCAGGCGCGCGUCGCCACGAGCGAUUUCGAGUCACAGGUGUAUCCGCACGAUCUUGACCACGUGCAGGUCAAGGAAGAGAAGCGGCCGAUCAUGGACCGCCUCGAUUGGAGCGUACGGGAGACGUACGAUUACGCGCCGAGAUACCGCGAGAUGGAGGACCUGCGAUGGAGCCUGAGUAGCUCAUCACGACGCAAUUAUAGACAAGAAUCUCCCGAGCACAGCAGAGCGUCCGAGCACGAACACUUGGAUCUUAUCGAUCACGGUUCGCGAAAUUUGCGCGAAUCGCCCGCACACAGCAGGGAAAGUUUCUCCGGUCACAGGAUGCGCGAGCACUAUAGUCACGCGAGGUACUCGCCGGAUCCGUACCAUCGGCGUUCCAUGGAGCGCGACGAGUUUCACGAUAAAAGAAGCGAUCACAGCCGCGGUGAGAGCCCGAUGGACCUGGAGGAGGAGUCCGAUGACGAGCUGGUGAGCGGAUUCACUUUGCAAAGAGGAUCCGACUGGCACGGACGGGGCAAGCCGAUGAGGGGUAAGAGUUACAACCCGAGGGGAAAGCACAUGGGUGGUAGACCGUAUCGGGGCCGUGGCGGUUACCGCGGCGGCAAGUUUUGAGACGCCCGAGACGGUAAAGACUGUAUAGAGUAGAAAACACGACAUGAUGUUACUUUUUCAAUGUAUGUAUGUACAUAUACGUAGGGAAAGAUAUUCUAUGCUAAUCACGUUCGCUUUGGGACACCGCGCACGCGGGAUUAUUUGAUACUGACGGUGAUAUAAGCGGUGAGAGAGUACGACAAUUUUCACGACGAACAUCGAUAUUUUUAGGUGAAUUUAUGUAAACGAGUGACGACACAAUUGCAGAGGUACACACGCUCAAGUAUCUUUGCACAAGUGCGCUUAAUCGUCGUGGGAUUAAUCGUGCUGGAAUCCAGUAUCCACAGACCGGAAGCAACGGACCUUCUCCUCUUCCAUGAUACAGUUUUGCAUAAGUGUAACCGUAACAUUAGGUUGUGUGUAACAUAGAUUAUCUUACAUCGAGUAGCUACGUCCUCGCUGGACAUUCAUCCGAAAGGAAGAUCGAUAAUGUGACGACGAUGUUUGACGAAGGAAUUAUGCAACGGACAAUGCACGAGUCUCUUUCGUAGAUGAUGUACAGAAAACGCAGUGUUCAAAACGAUACAAUAAAUAAAUAAUCAAAGCUGAAGACAUGUAGGCUGCGAGCAUUCCGCGUCACGCAGUACGCGCGACUUUGUUUCGUUGGACAUCCGCGAGGAGAAAACGCGACUGAUCAUCAGGUGCCAUCACGUCGGCUCGAGGGCUAGUAGCAUUGUGAUAACUACGCUUGCAUUCGCGACCCGUGUCGCGAGCACUCAUUAGUGGUGGUCUUAAUUUUACAAUCAAUUGUUUAACGCUGUUUAACACAUCAUCGCUGCCAUCGAGAAUACAUCGCGGCACAUUGUUGUCAAGUAUUGAAGUUAUGAUGACGAAUUUACAGACAAAAAUGAGAAGACAAACGAGCGUUGUUGAAUUGUAAAUCAGUGUCGUAAAUAUUUGCAUAUCUUUUUAUAAAAUUGUCGAAAAAACUUUUUACGGAUAUUCAGUUUAAUGCGACGACUUACAACUGACUUUAAUGUAAUGCAUCUUGUAUGUAAAUCCACAAUUUUUAACGUUUCUUUCUUUUAUUCAUUACGUGCCUUUAGCAGAUUAGCAAUUGUGCGAUAUUAUUAUUUUUUUCUUUUUAACUGAAUAUGCGAGUAUAUACAAGAAUUAAAUAUAUGAAUAUACAUAGGAUUUAUAUAUAUAUAAGUACGUAUAUAGUGAUACAUAACACGUAAAAAGGAGUAAUUGCAAACACUUAGUAAUUUUUACUCUGAUAAUCGCUUCUUUCUCUCCAGCUGUAUCCUGUAAAAGUGUAUCGAUUUCUAAUUACAUUUCUACAAGAUGCGCAACCA